AUCUUCUUCCUCCUCCACACCCCCGCGCGGAGGGCAGCCCGCAGGCUCUCUCAACCGCAAUGGCCGCAUGCGGCGCCUGCAUGCACCGGCCUGCGAUCAAAUGGACGAUCUUCCGCACCGCGAUCCACACACGCACGACGUUUCGUGUUCCGCCGUACGUGCCCUCUGCCCGUUAACUCGUUCGGCCUUGAUUUGGCGGGGCGGGGAAAGAAGGGUCCUUGAGCUUCGGGCCUGGGUUGUUGUCGACUUGCCCCCAUUCUGUGGUUUGUAUAAAAACCGAGAGGACUACCACGACUCGUCUUUCCCCGUUUCGCUCAAACAGUGAGACAUUAUUGACCUACUGUGUCCGAGCUUUCCCUCUCUUCUCUUGUUUUGUGGCCUUGUCAGACAAUUAUCCACCUCUCUCUGUCUCAGUUGGCAACGACAUCGUCAAAUCGCCUGUCUUCCAUGAUGGGUUCGAUAACUCUCAACAACGCCAGCAGGGCCUGGUGGAAGGACGCCGUCAUCUACCAGAUCUACCCUGCCAGCUUCAAAGAUGCCAACGGCGACGGUCUUGGCGACAUACCAGGGAUCAUCAGCAAAGUCGACUACCUCAAAAACCUAGGCGUUGACGUUGUCUGGGUGUCACCCAUGUACGCCAGCCCGCAGGUUGAUAUGGGGUACGAUAUCUCCGAUUAUCAGGACGUCCACCGGCCCUACGGCACCGUUCAUGACAUGGAGGUCCUCAUCGACGAGUGCCAUAAGCGCGGUAUGAAGCUCAUUCUGGAUCUGGUCGUCAACCACACCUCCGACCAGCAUAAGUGGUUCCAAGAAUCGAGGUCCUCAAAGGACAACCCCAAGCGGAACUGGUACAUCUGGAAGCCCCCACGCUACACCCCCGACGGCAUCCGUCAGCCUCCCACAAACUGGCGGAGCCACUUCAGCGGUAGCACCUGGGAGUGGGACGAGGCCACGGGCGAGUACUACCUUCACCUGUUCGCCAAGGAGCAGCCCGACCUGAACUGGGAGAACGAGGAGACGCGCGAGGCAAUCUACGAUAAUGCCAUGCGCUUCUGGCUCGACAAGGGCGUUGACGGCUUCCGUAUUGAUACGGUCAAUAUGUAUAGCAAGGGCGUCGAGUUCAGAGACGCCCCCAUCAUGAACGCAAACUCGCCGGUGCAACCUGCCUACAUGAUCUACUGCAACGGCCCGAGGAUACAUGAGUUCCUGCGCGAAAUGAACGCCAAGGUCCUCAACCACUACGACACCGUCACCGUCGGUGAGCUCCCGCACACUCCGGACCCCCAGCACGUCCUCAAGUUCGUCAGCGCCGCCGACCGUCAGCUUGACAUGGUCUUCCAGUUCGAUAUCGUCGACCUGGGCCAGGGUGUCGGCUACAAGUACCAGGCCCGCCACUGGAAGCUCCCCGAGCUCAAGCGCAUCGUCGCCAAGUGGCAGCAGUUUAUCGAAGGUACCGACGGUUGGACAACGGCCUUUUGCGAGAACCAUGACCAGGGCCGCUCUGUCUCGCGCUACGGCUGCGAUAGCCCGCAGUGGCGCGAGACGUCGGCGAAGAUGCUCGCACUGAUGAUGUGCUCGCAGACGGGCACCCUGUUCGUCUAUCAGGGCCAGGAGAUCGGCAUGACCAACGUGUCGCGGACCUGGGGUAUUGAGGAAUAUCGCGAUAUUGAGGCGCUCAAUUACUACAACGACAUCAAGAGAGAGCACGGCGUGGGCCCCGAGCUCGACCGCGUCAUGGACAGCAUCAACAUGCUUGGCCGCGACAACGCGCGCAUUCCGAUGCAAUGGGACGCCACCCCCUUCGCCGGCUUCACGAAUGGCAAGGAAGGCGCCUGGAUGCGCGUCCACGACGAGUAUGCCGACAUUAACGUCGCCAAGCAGGAGGCGGAGCCCGGCUCUGUGCUGAACUUUUGGCGCGAGAUGUUGCGCCUGCGCAAGGAGGAAGGGGAGCUGCUGACCCACGGGGCUUUCGAGCUUUACGACGAGGAGAACGAGCAGACGUUUGUGUACAGGAAGACGCGAGGCGACAGGAGCGCCGUCGUCGCGCUCAAUUUUACGAACAAGGAGCAGGAGGUGCGGAUCCCUGGCGAGGGGUUGAAGAUCCGCGUCGGGAACUAUGACGACGUCAAGGAGAGGGUGACGGUGGAGGUUGAUAAGCCAGUACUGAGGCCGUGGGAGGGACGGUUGUAUUUGCAGUGUUGAAAAGGGGGAACUGGAUGUAACCUGGAGACGACGAGGACCUUAAUGGUGGUUUGUUCGAUGCUAUAGACGUAUGGAGAUGUCUGGCGCAGAGUGUUGGGGGGGACGGGCAGCUCUUGUUAGUAAUUUGGGUAUGGCACCGUCUCGGUUCAUAUGAAAUUCAAACUAUU